AUGGCUUGGAAAAAGGGAGGAGAAUGGAAGUGUACAACCACUAAAAUAACAACUUUAGCUGUCAGUAACUUCCCAAGUUUUAGUAAACUCAUUAUUUUAUAUUACAUUCAACAUUGGGUUAAACAAUAUAUCAAUUUUGCUUUUAGGUUUUGCCCAAGCGUGAUCGUUUUUCUCUUGGGAUCAGUGCCGACUAUUUGGGUAUUGGAAUUGGAGUUGUUAGAGCGCCGUUUAACAACAAUGAAGCAUGUCAACGGUGAGAUAGUCGAUGAUGUCCAAAAGGAUAAUGGGCAGACGCAAUGGAUCUUAGUGGUAGAGCAGAUGCUACCAUUACUUCUUAUUGUCGGUCGAUGGCUUCUACCUAAAGGUGCCAUUACACGAAAUGAACUAUCGGAACUCUUACUCGUUUACUUCGCUACAGCAGCUGAUAUCAUUGAAUUCUUCGAUGGGUUUAAUGAGGUUAGCGUCAAGUAUGAUCGUUCACUGGUACUCACCCUUCUCACCUUAUGGAGUUGGAGUCUUAUUCAAUUCGCUCUCGUUAUGACGUCUAUCAGGGACCAGCGUGGAACUUCUUCCAGACAGUCAAAACCGACUACACCUAGUGAUGGUCAACGUAAAAUAAAGAGGGCUCUAUUCAAAAGGUUUCCGCGUUUGGCCUCGUCUCGAGUCGUUGGACCUCUACCCACUUCUGAAACGAAUGACGGGUUGAUGGUCAUACCAAUUAAACCUAAGCACGAGAUGCGUGAAGACACGGUACCAACGUUCACUUGUCUAGAUACAAGCGUCUGGUCUAUAGUAGCAAGCCUACUCCUCCAAGACGCCCCAUUCUUAGUAUUUCGUCUGACAUUAAUUCUUCGCUAUCGGGUCUAUAGUCAUACUAAUGUCUUCUUCACAUGCAAAAACGCCCUAGUGAUUGUGUUACAGACUUACAGAAUCUUCGUUCUGCAUAUAGAAAGGCGCGAAAAGGUGCGACUUCAAAAGAAGGCUACGGAUGCAACAGCAAAGGAAAUAGCAAAUCUGAAGAAAAAUGGGUUUUUGUUUGUACACGAGAAGAAUCUGCCGACAAAAGAAAAUGAUGAAGACCCAUACGAUGUCGUCUCCAUGAAUUCUUCACAAUAAAGAGCAUCAGUUCUUCAAAUCGUCCGUGGACUACUUAGCAUAUGAUGCACUAAAGAA